GUUAUUCUAUAGGAUAUUACAGAUAAAGUUGUUUAAAGUCUAUAAUAAUAAAUUUAUUAAUUUUGUCAUCUGCUUAAUAUUGUAUAUAGUUUUAAACUAUUCUAUAUAAUCUCAGAACUCAUUUGUUUCAUGAACAUUUUCUUUCUUUUAAUUUUCCAACAGGUUGCACUUUUAUUUCACAAUGUCUUUUAAUAAAUUUAUGCAUCCUCGUAAUAUUUAUCGCAAUCCCCCAAAUUUUAAAGAAUUGUCAAUAAAAUAUCCAGAAUUUCGGCAAUUUGCAAUUCAGGAUUUAGCUGGAAAAAUAAGAAUUGAUUUUAAAGAUCCUAAUGCAUUGCGUAUGUUAACGACAAUCUUGUUGAAGAAUGAUUUUCAGUUAAGUGUUGAAAUUCCACCAGAUCAUCUCAUUCCUACUUUACCCCAAAGAUUAAAUUAUAUUUUGUGGAUUGAAGACUUACUAGAAAGUUUUCCAAAGCAAAAAGAUGAUAUUAUUGGAAUUGAUAUUGGUACAGGUGCUUGUUGUAUUUAUCCUCUUCUUGGUUGCAAAGUGAAAAGUUGGAAAUUUUUAGCAACUGAAAUUAAUGAAGAGUCAUUUGAUUGGGCAAUUAAAAAUAUCAAUGCAAAUAAUAUGCAGAAUCAAAUAAAAGUAAUCAAAGUUAAUUCUAAUAAUAUACUACAAGAUGUUAUCAGCAAUGAAGAAAUUUGCUUUGACUUUACUAUGUGUAAUCCACCAUUUUUUAAUGAUCAAAAUGAUAUGUCUGUAAAAAUAUCUCGUACUCCUCGAAGAAGUCUUCCUAAAAGCAUUAAUACACCAUCAGAAACAGAAAAAUCAACAGAAGGAGGAGAAAUAGAAUUCAUUAAGAAGAUGAUUGAUGAAAGUUUUUUGUUGAAGGAAAAAAUAAUUCAAUUUAUCACUUGUGAAUUUUGUCAAGGAAAUACAAUGCGAUGGGGAAUAGCAUGGACAUUUUCUUCUGAUGUACAGUUUCAAAAGGUACCCUCACUCAGACAUCAUAAGCAGAAACCACCAAUUGCUUAUUUAGUCCCAAAAAGUAAAAAUUUUAAAUACACAGUUGAAAGUGUAGCAUCUGUAAUUACAAAAUUAUUAGAAGAAAUAAAGGUAUCUUAUCAAAUUGUUUCAAGAAGCAAGAACAAUAUUCAUCUUUGCUUGAAAGCAAAAGAAAAUACAUGGUCACAUCAACGAAGAAAGCGACGCCAAUUAUUACGACAACAGAAAAUUAAAGAAAAUAGUUCUAGUUGUUCAGACAAGUUAGAGGAUUCUACCACAAUAGAAAACAGUGUAGAUGAAAAAGACGAAGUUCCAAUGGAAACUGAAGAUUCAUGCAUUAACAAAUGUAUUGAGGACAUUGAAAUAGAAGAAAACAUCAAUACUGAUAAAACCAAUGAGGAUGAAGUUUCACUUAAAAGAGAAAGGACUUCUUCAGAUUCUUUUGAAGAGAUUGAACCAAAAAGAGUCAAAUUGGAAACAAAUUAUGAUGAAAACUGUGAAUCAUUUGCAGACUAUAGUGAUUAUGAUAUGGAUGAUAUCAAAGAGAAAUCUGAUCAAUAUGUAUUAUAUUGUGAUUUGUCGGUGAAAAGAGGAGGCAGAAAUAUAUUUUUGAAUCUUCAGUGCUCAUCUGAAAUGAAUAGAGAACCAAUGCAUCAAGUUUUACAAUAUUUUAAAAAUAAAUUGAUGUGAAUUACAUGACAAAAAUUACAUCAGAGAAUCUUUAUAAUAUAAUUUUGUUAUAUAUAUAUAUAUAUAUAUUCUUUUAAACAUGGUUAAUGUUCAGUUGUAUAUUACAUUUUCAUUAAAUAACUAAAUCUAUUUAUUUUUUGAUACAUUCUUUUAAUAGCAAUACUGACAUGAAUAUGCUAAAAUGGCAUGAAAUUAAUUAAUAUAUGCUAAUAAUGACCCAAAAAUAACAUGUAAAAUGGCAAACCAUAGGUUGGUCAUGUCUGACUAAUGCAUAUUAUCAAAAUCCUUAAACCUACUUAUGUCUUAGGUAGUUUAUAACAAAUUCAUGUGUCCAGUGAACUGUGAUCAUAAACAAUAAAUCUGAUUAGUUAUUUGUAGUAUUUGUGUUUCCUUUAUAAAUUAGUACUUGGAAAUGUGUGUGAAUUCCCAAUUGUAAUUAAUGAAUUGAAUUAAUUGAGUUUCAACACAAAAAUUCACACUAAAAUUAAAUAAAUACAUUUGAUAAUCAAUAAUGACCAAAAUGAAACGAAAAGCAACUUUUACAUUUUUGUUUUUCAAUGUUUAGCAAAUUUGUAAAUGUAGCCAGAAUCUAUUAUAAACAGUGAGGAAAAUGUUCAUACACUGCUGGACAGAAAAAGUGAGACAUCCAGAAAAUGUCAUUGAAACUUUAUAAAUUCAUAACAAAAGAUCAAACACAUGGUAAAUAAAUGAUGAUAUGUAUGACAUGCAUCACAAGUUAUAAUAAAUAGGGUAAAGCCACACAAUAGCUUCCAACAUAAGAUUCAGUAUAGGGUGUAUCUCCCAUCUGGAGGUGAUGCAGGCAGUCACUUGAGGCAUGGAAGCAUAAAAGUCCCGAAUGGUGUCCUGAGGCAAAUUCUAUCAUUCUUUCUCUAACUAUGCACAAUGCUAUAGCAAGUGCUUGGGCAAGUUGCUAGUGUUGCAGCAGAUGUCCCAGCUAGUCACAUAUGGAGUUGUUGUAUUGGUGAUAAAUCUGGUGAUCUUGCAGGCCAAGGUAGGAUGUCAAUAUCUUGUAGAGCUUGUUACACAAUGGCUAUGAUAUGUGGCCAUGCAUUAUCAUGCUGACGAAUGCCAGAUGGUGUGUGCUGUAGAAAGGUAGAAAAUGAGGUCCUAGAAUCUCUGUGACAUAUCAGUGGCUUGUCAUUGAGCCCUGUACAAAAACAAGACACAUUCUGGAAUGAUAACUAAUGGCAAUCCAUAGCAAAACUUCAGAUGCAGGCAACCUAUGGUGCUCACGAAUAUUUGU